AUGGAGAAAGCGGCGGGCGAAGGCGGCGGCAGCAACAGCAGCAGCCGCAGCAGCAGCCGCCCCACGUCGGCGGGGUCGUCCCCCUCGUCCUCCUCCGCCAGCCGCGGGCUCCCGGGCCGGGCGGCGGCCGCGGGCAGGCUGGAUGGAGGCGGGGGCGGCGGCAGUAGCCCCGGCUCGGCGGCGGCCAGCCCGGGGGGCGCGCAGGCGCCCGGCGGCGGCAGGCGGCGGGAGCCGGUGCUGGAAGGGACGCUCAGCAAAUACACCAACCUCCUGCAGGGCUGGCAGAGCAGGUACUUUGUGUUGGACUUUGAGACGGGAAUUCUGCAGUAUUUCAUGAAUGAACAAACUAAAAACCAGAGCCCAAAGCCACGAGGAGCCUUGUCUUUAGCUGGAGCUAUAAUAUCACCUAGUGAUGAAGUGCCACACAUGUUAGUGGUCUACUCUGCUAAUGGAGAGAUGUACAAGUUAAGAGCUGCUGAUGCAAAGGAGAAACAAUACUGGAUAACUCAGCUUCGAUCCUGUGCCAAACAUCAUAAGGAAAGUGAUUCUAAGAGCAUCUCAUCCUCACGAAGUAGAAGCUCAUCUCUGCUGCCACCUGGGACAGUUAAUUCUGCAUCUCCGAGUGGCCAGAAACACAUGAAUCAAAGUGGACCAACUGUUGUAACCAUCACACAUCACAAAUCACCUGCAGCUGCUCGAAGAGCCAAGAGCCAGCGAUCUGGUCAACUCCAUGAAGUCAGAGAGAUCAUGAGCCAAGCUGAAGGACAACAGAAGAAUCUUGUACAAGCCAUUGAAGCUCUCCCAAAUUCUGGACCCCUUACUGCCUUGGAUCAGGACUUGCUACUUUUAAAAGCUACCUCUGCUGCCACCCUGAGCUGCCUUGGAGAAUGCCUGAGUCUACUACAGCAAAGCAUGCAUCAAGUGGGCCAACAGCAUAACAGGACACUGUCAUCAGAAGGUAUCCUGGGAUGGCCUGGGCCCAAGUCACACUCCACAGAGCAGCUGAAGAACGGUGCCCUCAGCUCCUUAUCAUCUGCUAGUGCCAACAUUACAUGGGCAAUAGUACCAUCUGCAGCUCAGGAUGCACAGGCACUGCAGCCAAACACUGAGCAUUCAGCUUCUGAGUUGAUCCUAGUUGAAGAUGAAAUGACAGAUACUGAAGAUAAUGAAGAGGAGGAUUUAGGAGUCAUGGAUGAUCAACGUAGUGUAAUUCUCCAUCUCAUCUCUCAGCUCAAACUUGGCAUGGACCUUACCAGGGUAGUGCUUCCAACAUUUAUUUUGGAGAAAAGAUCCCUGCUGGAGAUGUAUGCAAAUUUCAUGGCCCAUCCAGACCUGUUUUUGUCAAUUGCAGCUGGAGCCACUCCCGAGGAAAGAAUUAUCUGCUUUGUGGAGUAUUAUCUAACAGCUUUUCAUGAAGGCCGAAAGGGAGCAGUUGCCAAGAAGCCCUAUAACCCUAUAAUUGGUGAAACGUUUCAUUGCUCGUGGGAUGUGCCUAAAGAUAAAGUGAAAGCAUUCAGAACUAACGGUGCCUCCACGGUUUCUAAGGACUCAACCAAGGAGCUCGGCCAGGACCAGUCCACGUGCUACAAGCUGAGGUUUGUAGCUGAACAAGUGUCUCAUCAUCCACCAGUAUCGUGCUUUUACUGUGAGUGCAAAGAGAAGAAAAUGUGUGUGAACGCUCACGUAUGGACCAAAAGCAAGUUCAUGGGCAUGUCAAUAGGUGUUUCUAUGGUAGGUGAAGGUGUUCUUCACUUGCUGGAACACGAAGAAGAGUAUGUCUUCACCCUGCCCAGUGCCUACGCUCGCUCAAUCCUCACCAUCCCGUGGGUGGAGCUUGGAGGGAAAGUCAACAUCAAUUGUGCCAGAACGGGCUAUUCUGCCACCGUCACGUUCCACACCAAGCCCUUCUAUGGAGGGAAGGUCCACAGGGUUACAGCCGAAGUGAAGCACAAUCCAACGAACACCAUUGUGUGCAAGGCACAGGGAGAAUGGAAUGGCAUCCUGGAAUUCACUUACAGCAAUGGAGACACCAAAGUGAUCGACACCACCAAACUGCCUGUUAUCAGGAAAAAGAUCCGGCCCAUAGCAAACCAAGGGCCGCUGGAAUCGAGGCGCCUGUGGCAGCACGUCACCAACUCUCUGAAGGAGGGGAACAUUGAUGCCGCCACGGAGCACAAGCACCGCCUGGAAGAGAGACAGCGAGCAGAGGAGAGGCAGCGCGCGGCACUCACAACUCCCUGGAAACCCAAAUACUUUGCCAAAGAGGGUGAUGGUUGGCUGUAUGUGAAUCCUCUGUGGAAGACCCAUUGACAGGAGAGAGCAGUUGCCUCGUAACUUUACCUGAAAGGCAUUAAAAUGAUACAGUAUAUAACUUCAGGAUAGGUCCUGCUCCCAGAAGAUCCCCAUGGGAAGCUAUGUACUGUGAAUGAUGCAUCUCAAAAUAACCACGAGCUCAAGUUUAUUCAGGAGCCAUUUUGUGUGUGCAGAUCCACAGACACACAGGCACACGUCCGUCCCUAAGUACCCACGGUGUGCAUGUGUUGUGUGUGCUAUUUACACUACAUGUAAACAGUACCAACACCAAUAGCGACUCAAAGACCUUUUCCUCCAAGUGUUAGGGCACAGAACCCUGGCUGCACUCAGCCAGGGCUCCCUGAGUUGUGUGCUUGCAGGAUCAGGCCCUAUGCUAGUAUUUAAGAAAAUACUUUUUUAUUAGUACUGGUUAAUGUUUUUCUAUUUUUCACUUUUGCCAAAAAUGUUUUGCACUUAAAACAUGAUAUGUCUCUUAAUGGCAGUCGUUCUGUCUGAACAGUCACCAAGUAACUCACUUUGACAUAAGAAUGAUCCACUGGCUGUGCUCGCUCUGGGGUACUGAGUUCAGGGCGUGUUUCCUGUCACCAAGGAGUGUGAAUUUCCUGCCACCCUAAAAGAAGUAGCAAUACCUUCCCCAGAACGUUGUUCUUCACACUAACCCAUUGUGUCCUCGCUGCUUUGCCUAUUCAUGCUCCAGCUGUUCAGUCAAUCUCUGGUCACCACCCCUGAGCCAGCUGCUCUGGUAACUUUGGUCUUGCUGUGUAAUGUUCUCUGAUUGUUGUCAUGCCAACGCUUCUGGCUUACAUGUUCCACUAAAUGGGAUUGCUUCUGGUAAAACAUUUGGAUGAGUAGAGAUGAUACAACUACCCUUCACAGAUAAAUGAUUCCCUGAUGUAAAAGUAACAAUUUAGUAAAUUAUUCCACAGAGAGAAUAACUUUAUGAAUGAAAAAAUGGAAUGGGAUACAAUUUGUUUUGUAAGGUUAAAAAAAAACAAUUAAAAAAUCCUGUUGCUUGA